GGAAGAGUUCCCCCCCGCGGAAGGAAACCAUGGCAAGCAGUCGUCAGGCUAACAAGGAGCUGACUGAAGUGCUGAAUCAACUCUGGCGCCUGGACACCAACCGUCUUAAACCAGGAAAAGAUUACAGGAUCUCACUCCAGGGCAAGGCAGGCCAUGUGGCUCAGGGCAGUAACUACGCCAGAGAUCGGGCCACCGCUCCUCUCUUCACGCACGUCAACGAAGAGAAACUGAAGAGCAUCAAGACGUAUGAACAUUUCAUCAACUUACUGGACAACUAUGAGACAUCAACAGGUGUGUCAGAGACCGUCACUUCGGAGGAGCUGAAGGAGAACGAGCUCUUUAUUGAUGCCAUCAUGGAGACGGAAGUCAUGAAGUGUGCUCACAAAUAUCUGGUGAAGAAAGGCCAGUCUCCACCAGACCUUGCACAGUUCAAGAAACAGCUGUUCAACAUCUGGUUUCGCCUCUACCACAGGGACAGGAAUGGAGGUGAAGACUCUUGUGGAUUUGAACACGUUUUCGUCGGGGAGACCAAAAACGGGCAGGAGAUCAUGGGUCUGCACAACUGGCUGCAGUUCUACCUGCAGGAGAAACACGGACACGUUGACUACAAAGGCUACAAAGCAAGAGAUAACAAAGACACGCCGGAUGAGGACGACCAUGUCCUGAACCUGCAGUUCAGUUGGAAAGGUUUGGUGAAGCCGAUCGGCAGCUCCUUCAUCGGCGUCAGCCCGGAGUUCGAGGUCGCUCUUUACACCAUCGUCUUCCUCACGUCCACGGAGAAGAUGACGUCUGUGGUGGUGAAGGUGGACGAGUACGUGCUGGAGCUGGUCGUCUAUCGGCACGGCCGCUCCAUCGGCACGUCCUACCCCAAACUGCUCAGCAGCAACAACAGGGAUUUCUAACGCCCGGCGACUGUAGGAGGAACACUUCUUUUUACCAACCCUACUUGUUUUUAUUGUU